AUGAAUAUAUUUAGAUUAGCGGGGGACAUGACCCAUUUGGCGAGCGUCCUUGUUUUGCUCCUCAAGAUCCACACCAUCAAAUCGUGUGCUGGGAUUUCUCUGAAGACUCAGGAACUCUAUGCUCUUGUCUUUGCCACACGCUACUUGGAUCUUUUUGCUCACUACAUUUCACUCUAUAAUACUCUAAUGAAAUUAAUUUUCUUGGGAAGCUCUUUCUCAAUCGUCUGGUAUAUAAGGCAUCACAAGAUUGUCCGCAGAUCCUACGACAAAGACCAGGACACAUUUCGCCACUAUUUCCUUGUGCUGCCAUGUUUUCUAUUGGCCCUAGUCAUAAACGAAAAGUUCACUGUCAAAGAGAUAAUGUGGGCAUUCUCCUUGUACUUGGAAGCUGUAGCCAUCCUUCCUCAGCUGGUCCUGCUGCAGAGGACAAGAAACAUUGAUAACUUGACCGGGCAAUAUGUUUUUCUUCUGGGUGCUUACCGGUCAUUAUACAUAUUGAACUGGAUUUAUCGCUACUUCACUGAGCCACACUUUGUUCACUGGUUAACUUGGAUUUCGGGACUUGUUCAGACUCUGCUUUAUGCCGAUUUCUUUUAUUAUUACUUCCAAAGCUGGAAGAAUAAUGUGAAGCUUGAGUUGCCCGCUUGA